AUGUCAGACUACUCAUCCCAAACGGUUGUUCAAUUGAAAGAAUUGCUAAUUUCAAGAAGUUUGCCAACAGACGGUAAAAAGGCUGACUUGGUUCAACGUUUAGUUGACAACGAUGCGCAAUCUAGUGAAGCACAACCUGAAGAAACACAACAAGCUGAGACCAGUGCUCCUUCUGUAGAAGAGCCAGCGUCUGAAAAUGCUCCAGAAUCUAAGGAUGAUGGAGAAUCGACCUUGAAAGUAAUCCAACCAUCAGAAAAGAAUGAAGAAACUACAAAAGAGGAGGAAGCUAAACAAAAACCUCCAGUUUUAACACCAGAAGAAAGAAAACAAUUAGCAGUUGACUUGAUCAAUAAAAAGAUUCAAAGAGCAGAAAAGUUCGGUGAUGAGACUGCGGCAGAGGCUGCUAGAAAAGAUUUAGCUAGAGUUGAAAAAUUCGGCGUAGAAUUGGGUACUGCCUUGGCCAGAGAAAUCGGUCUUGUUGACAGAAGCUUACCAAAUGGCCACAAGAAAAAUUUUAAGAACUUUAAGAACAAGAAAAACUUUAAGCCCAACUUCAAAAAUAGACGUAGAAACUAA